UAAUUCGCUUUCGGGUUUACUUGCAAUUAUCAGGAGUUCUGCUGAUCAUAUUUGCCUAUCUUUAUCAAUUUUAUACGUUAUUCGGUAAGCGGCUACCGUUAUCGGGCGAGGUAGGCGACGGGCGACGGCUGUGUUCGGCAUAGGCUUUGUUCGCAAAACUCCACGUGCCUUCCGCCAUUUAGAAUAAUUUUUGGAAGGAUUUAAGACAUCUGCUUGUUCACGAAAAAAAGUUCGCCAUCGGCAGCGAAGCGGCGUGGUCCACCCGAUCGGGUAGCGGCAGCCGGCCGGCGCUGCGCCCUCGUGCUGACAGUGUGGAUGUUGCAGCCCCGGCUGCUAUGGCGGCGGGCGGCGAGUUCGUGGAGGGCUGGGUGGUGGCGCAGGUGCUGGGCGAAGGAGCCUACGGAGAGGUGCGGCUGCUGGCGCACGCGUCGGGCGCGUGCGUGGCGCUGAAGGCGGUGCGCGCGGACGGGGCGGGCGGGGCGGGCGGGGCGGAGGGCGGCGAGGCGCGCGAGGCGGCGCUGCACCGCGCGCUGCGCCACGCGCACGUGCUGCGCUGCCUGGGCGCGCGGCGCCACGGCGCGCUGUGCUACCUGUUCCUGGAGUUCGCGCCGGGCGGCGAGCUGUUCGAGCGCAUCGAGCCCGCGCGCGGCAUGGCGCCGCCCGCCGCGCGCCGCUACGCGCGCCAGCUGCUGGCCGGCCUGCGCUACCUGCACGCGCGCGGCGUGGCGCACCGCGACCUCAAGCCCGAGAACCUGCUGCUGGGCGCGCGGGACCAGCUCAAGAUCGCGGACUUCGGCCUGGCCACGCUGUUCCGCGUGGGCGGCCGCGAGCGCCUGCUGCGCAAGGUGUGCGGCACGCUGCCCUACGCCGCGCCCGAGGUGCUGACCGCGCCCGGCGCGCCCUACCGCGCGCCGCCCGCCGACCUGUGGGCCGCGGCGCUCGUGCUGCUCGCCAUGCUGACCGGCGAGCUGCCGUGGGAGCGCGCCGCCGCCGACGACGCGCGCUACGCGGCGUGGUGCGCGGGCGACGCGACGGCCGCCGUGUGGCGCCGCGCCGGCUCCGCGCUGCCGCUGCUGCGCGCCGUGCUGUGCCCCGCCGAGCGCCGCGCGUCGCUGGGCGCCGUGCUGGCGCACCGCUGGCUGGCCGCCGCGCCCGACGGUGAGGUCCGCCGCCUCUCGCCCUCUGCGGAGCCGCGCCGGCCGUGUCAGGUACUAGGUGACUCUGAGUGGCUUGGGUCUCAGAGGCGCCUCGUGCCUCAGCACGGCCGCGCGGCGCGACGAGCCCGGCCGCCCCGCCCGCCGCGGCGCUUUGGCGAUUUAGCUCCUGAUGUCGUUCUGAUGCACACUAGAAUCGAGUUGUUUCUGCUAGCGGAUGGAACUGGAUUAACAUUGUUCCGUGGCGCGCGCACUGCGCGGGCAGAGGGCGCGCGCGCCAGCAGCUCGCAGCCGGCGCCGGCGCGCGCGGCGCUCAGCGCGGCCGCCAUGGACGCCAUGCUGAGCUCGUCGCAGCCCGCGCACGCCGACGAGUUGCUGCUGUCGCCGGGCGGUGCGGGCGCGGCGGGCGGGGUGGCGGGCGCGGACGCGCUGGCGCGGCUGGUGCGGCGCCUGACGCGCGUGUGGCUGCGCUGCGACGCGGAGGCCGCGCUGGCGGCGCUGCGGGCGGCGCUGCGCGAGCAGGGCUGCGCGUGGCACGAGCUGCAGCCCGCCACCCUGGCCAUCGAGUGCGGCGGCGGCGUGCGCAUGCGCGCGUGGGCGCUGCCGCUGGCGGCGGGCGAGGCGCGCACGCUGCUGGAGUUCCGGCGCUCGCGCGGCUGCGGGCUGGCCUUCAAGCGCCGCUACGUGCGCCUGCGCGACGCCGUGCUGCGCCGCGCGCCCGCCGCGCCGCCGCCCGCGGACCACGCCGAGUGAUAAGCAGGCAAUACCGGCAUUCAUUGCAAAUAAAAAUAUUUUUCAUA